GCGCUGGACCCGAAGGGGGUCCUCCUGCAAGCUUUCCCCCCGCUCCCCCUCACCCCCCACCGCCGAACACCCUUUUAAAAAAGCCAACGGCCGCCCUGGGAGAGGCCCCGGCGCAUGAAUCAUCCUCGCUUCCUGCCCCCGCCCGGCCCCGGGCUCCCGGUGCCGCGGAUUUGAACUGGACGCCGACGAGAACCCGCAAAGAGGCAUUUCUUUGCAGAUGGGUUUGAAUUAGCCAAUCACAGCUCGCGGGGGCCCGCUCUGGGGGGGAAUGGAGGCUCGGGUUGGGGGGCCGCCACCCGGGGGCCCCCAGCCAGGCCUGUGGGGGCGCGGCGACCCGGCCCGCUUCCAGCGGCGCGGCGGGAGAGGAAGUGUCAGUUUGUGAACCUGCCGCGGUCCGGGCCUCAGGCCCUGCGGGCGGGGACCUCGCAGCGCCCGGGAGCCAGGUGGCAGAGAGAAAGCAGGGAUUCGGACCGUAUACCCUGCCCCGUGCCUGUGCCUUGUGCCUUGGAGAAAAGAGAGGAAUGGGGACGCGAUUCGGAUGGGGGAGGCCGCGCCGCGGUCCCGAGAGCCAAGACCCUAGCAGCGCCCUGCCUGCCCGCGAGUCCCUGACAUGCACACACUUGUAUUUAGCUUCAUAUGCUCACUGACAAACUGCUGUAGACCUCAAACACAGUCUCACAGGAGUGCACGCGUCCUCACACGGAUAACACACGGGACUCUCCUCCUGUGUACAGUGUCAGUGGAAACCGAUGGAGAAUCGAGCUCUGGACCCAGGGACUCGGGACUCCUAUGGUGCCACCAGCCACCUCCCCAACAAGGGGGCCCUGGCAAAAGCCAAGAACAAUUUCAAAGACCUGAUGUCCAAGCUGACAGAAGGCCAGUAUGUGCUUUGCCGGUGGACAGAUGGACUGUAUUACCUCGGGAAGAUCAAGAGGGUCAGCAGUUCAAAGCAGAGCUGCCUUGUGACUUUUGAAGACAAUUCCAAAUACUGGGUCCUGUGGAAGGACAUACAGCAUGCUGGUGUUCCAGGGGAGGAACCCAAGUGUAACAUCUGUCUGGGGAAGACAUCAGGGCCAUUGAAUGAGAUCCUCAUCUGUGGGAAGUGUGGCCUGGGUUACCACCAGCAGUGCCACAUCCCCAUAGCAGGCAGUGCCGACCGGCCCCUGCUCACACCUUGGUUCUGCCGACGCUGCAUCUUCGCGCUGGCUGUGCGGAAAGGCGGUGCGCUGAAGAAGGGUGCCAUCGCCAGGACGCUGCAGGCUGUGAAGAUGGUGCUGUCCUACCAGCCGGAGGAGCUCGAGUGGGACUCGCCCCACCGCACCAACCAGCAGCAAUGCUACUGCUACUGCGGCGGGCCCGGAGAAUGGUACCUGCGGAUGCUGCAGUGCUACCAGUGCCGGCAGUGGUUCCACGAGGCCUGCACCCAGUGCCUCAAUGAGCCCAUGAUGUUCGGAGACCGGUUCUACCUAUUCUUCUGCUCCGUGUGUAACCAGGGCCCAGAGUACAUCGAGAGGCUGCCCCUGCGAUGGGUGGAUGUGGUUCACCUGGCCCUCUACAACCUGGGGGUGCAGAGCAAGAAGAAGUACUUCGACUUUGAGGAGAUUUUGGCCUUUGUCAACCACCACUGGGAGCUCCUGCAGCUUGGCAAGCUCACCAGCACCCCUGUGACGGACCGAGGACCGCAUCUCCUCAACGCGCUGAACAGUUACAAAAGCAGGUUCCUCUGUGGCAAGGAGAUCAAGAAGAAAAAAUGCAUCUUCCGCCUGCGCAUCCGCGUCCCGCCCAACCCACCAGGACGGCUUCUGCCUGACAAGGGCCUGGUGCCCGCCGAAAACGGCGCCUCCGCUGAGCUGCGCAGGAGAGGAAAGAGCAAGCCUGGUUUGUUGCCUCACGAAUUCCAGCAGCAGAAAAGGCGAGUUUAUAGAAGAAAAAGAUCAAAGUUUUUGCUGGAAGAUGCUAUUCCCAGUAGCGACUUUACCUCGGCCUGGAGCACCAACCACCACCUGGCCAGCAUAUUUGACUUCACAUUGGAUGAAAUUCAGAGUUUAAAGAGUGCCAGCUCAGGCCAGACCUUCUUCUCAGAUGUGGACUCCACAGAUGCCGCCAGCACGUCUGGCUCUGCCUCCACCAGCCUCUCCUACGACUCCAGACGGACAGUGGGCAGUCGAAAGAGGAAGCUGGCAGCCAAAGCGUACGUGCCACUGCAGGCAAAGCAGCGGGCAGCCGAGCUGGGCAGACGCUGCCCCUCGGACAGCAGUGCGGAGGGGGCUUGGGGCCCCGAGCGGCCAGACGAGGGCAUCGACAGCCACACGUUUGAGAGCAUCAGUGAAGAUGACUCGUCCUUGUCCCACCUCAAGUCCUCCAUCACUAACUACUUUGGCGCGGCUGGGCGGUUGGCCUGUGGGGAGAAGUACCAGGUGCUGGCUCGGAGGGUCACGCCCGAGGGCAAGGUUCAGUACCUGGUCGAGUGGGAAGGGACCACCCCUUACUGACUGCCCUCGGGAUGCCAGGAGCCCUGGAAAGCAAAGGAGAGACAGCUGGUUCUCUUCAGGGUGGCCUGGGGGAGGGAAGUAAGACAGCUGCAAGUGCCUGGCAACAGGCCCUUCCUGCCUGCCUUCCGGGGGGUCAAGGUCUGUGCCUCUGUGCUGUGCCCAUUCUGCCCUCCGGCAUCCUCAGGCCCAUGUCCCCUCUGCCUGUGUCUCUAAGGUCCCACUGGCUAUUUCUCAGUGUCCCCACACACUCCACGCUUUCUCAAACUGCUCGUCUGUUCCUGGCUCGGGGCCCUUUUCCUGAGGCCUACAUCUUUCUCUUUGUCCCCAUUUUGCGUGCCUUACCUCUUUCACUCCUUUGGGAUGUGUGUUGAGACGCCCACCACGUGCACGCUGCCCCUCCACUGGUUUUCCCUCACACCUGACUCAUGGGGCAGCCAGUCCUCCCAGGGACAGUGUUACGAGAACAGGAACCUUGCAGAAUGAGUGAAGAUGGAUGAGAGGAGCCCUCUGAGCUUCCUCUCCCGCUUCCCUGCCGCUCCCCCUGCCCCGGGAGAAGGUGGUGAGGGUAGGAGAGUGCCUGUGAAAGCUGGAGGCAGAGGCUCUGGGACUCAGGGUCUGAGGAGUGCAGAGGCUGGGUCCCUGCCUCAGAAGGUACCAGCACCAGAGCCCAAUGACUAAGGCUGCGGCGUCAGCUGCUGAGGUCCCAGAAGUUUUCCUUUCCUUGGCCACAUCCCCUCUUAGUUAUCACGGAGCUGGGCCUGGCCUUGCUGGGAUAGAGGUGCCCUUGAAAACCUGAAAGCAGUGGAGAAAAGGUUCCUGUGCCUCCCAUCCCCAGACCACCACACACGCAGGGAACAACAUUCCCUCACACAAAAGCUUCUCUCCACAUGUGCUGUCACCCUCCAGGCACAGACAUUUGGCGCCGGCCUCCAGGUGCGCGCUGCGCACAGUCACAGCUCCCCUCCAGUGCCCCCUGGCGCCCGCUCCUGGCCCUCUUCCGGGGACCGUGUGCUGCAACUGAAUGUGAAAGUCCAGCUCCUGCCCCCUUCUCUCAGCCCGCGAACCAGCUUUGACCUCACAGGGAAGCACAGGGGACUUACCUCCUGAUCCUCUUCCUUAUCCCCUGCCCCCACCCUGAAACUGACAAUCACUUUUGGGGACAGGUCAGGAAUUUUAAAGGACCUGUGUCCUUCAGUCCCCUUAAAGGGAAGCCUUUGUCGGUGGGAGUAUACACAGAAUUCUAAGAACCAACAUUAAAACUCAUACCCAUCUGGAGGGAAGUCAGAAAACGGGAGGGGACAGGAAGCCCUCAUUUUUGCUGCUUCCAGAGAUAACAGAAACUUACUCACUUGAUUGGAAAAAGGAAAGAAGUGCCUUGACUAGGGGGAGGGGUUUGCACCAGGUGGGGACCAGCCCUGCCAACUGCUGCUGGGGCCUCGCACUUGGCAGUUGCAAGGUGAAGGUGGGCGAACAGGGAGGGGACGGCAGUGGGCCAGCAGGCCCGAGGAGCUGGUUUUCCCAUUACUAGGCUGACCCCCGCCCCACCUGGGAGCCCUCGGGGUUCCUGUGACAGUUCAGAUGCCCCUUGCCUUAAGCCUCAGCUCCUAUAGUGCCUUUCAAAUGGGACCUCACUUCCUGCACACAGCGCUCUCCGUUCUCUGCUUCCCGGCACGGCUCACACGGGCAGUCUGUCUCUCCUUCUCAGCUCCACAGCUGCUGCCACUGAAGCUCCGCUGGGGCCAGGUGGAAGGGGAGCUGAGAAGGCAGCCCCCAGCCCAGCAGGGGCCAGGGACCUGGGGUCCAGCCUGUGGCUUCCAGCCUGGCUUCCGAGAGCACAGCAACCUCCUGGGCCUGCUUUCCGGGCCCCUGACAAAGCCCAGGGUGAGCAAGGACUGGCACAGUGCACCUGCACCUUCUCCACUUGGGCUCCAGGGAGGCCCUGGGCUGGAAGAGGGGGAAGGAGGUUGGGGUGUCUUCCCAUUUGGGAAGUCAGCAUAAGGCCUAGCAAGGUCACCCUGACUAGGCACCCCAACAUUCCAUUCAUACCAGAUAAUACCUGCAUCACUGCCAACCGACCUUGUAAUAAUCCUGUGCACCUUCAAGAAGAUUUAUGGUUUGAAUUGCUGCUUAAUAACAUUUGUUAUAUUAAAGUUAUAAUUAAUGUGU